ACAGCCAGAGACAGAGAGACAAGCAUGGCUAAUAGAGAGUCUGACAUGGCUACAGACAGAGACAGAGAGACUGGCAUGGCUACCAGAGACUGGCAUGGCUACAGACAGAGACAGAGAGACUGGCAUGGCUACCAGAGAAUGGCACGGCUACAGACAGAGAGACUGGCAUGGCUACCAGAGACUGGCAAGGCUACAGACAGAGAGACUGGCAUGGCUACUAGAGACUGGCAAGGCUACAGACAGAGACAGAGUGACUGGACUGGCUACCAGAGAGUGGCAUGGCUACCAGAAAGACUGGCAUGGCUACCAGAGAGUGGCAUGGCUACAGACAGAGACAGAGAGACUGGACUGGCUACCAGAGAGUGGCAUGGCUAUAGACAGAGACUGCCAUGGCUACCAGAGACAGACUGCCAUGGCUACAGCCAGAGACAGAGAGACUGGCAUGGCUACCAGAGAAUGGCACGGCUACAGACAGAGACAGAGAGACUGGCAUGGCUACAGACAGAGAGACUGGCAUGGCUACUAGAGACUGGCAAGGCUACAGACAGAGACAGAGAGACUGGACUGGCUACCAGAAAGACUGGCAUGGCUACCAGAGAGUGGCAUGGCUACCAGAGAGACUGGUCUGGCUACUAG